AUGGAAAAGUUUUCAAACUGGAGAGAUGGACCAACAGGUAUUCAUCCACUUUUACCACCAAAAAGCAAACCAGUAGGACCCAUUGGAUUGUUUUUUAAAUUCCUCAUUGGACCAAUUGUUGGUGUUGUUAGAUUUUUCAUUGUUAUAAUUUUAACAAUUUUAUUAGUUUUAUUUAAUAAAUUAUUUAAAGCAUUACCAUUAGGUUUCUUUAGUAGAGUUUUAAUUAGAUGUUUUGAUAAAUUUUUAGGAAGAUUAAUAUUAUUAUUUAUGGGUUUUUUUACAUUAGAUGAAGGUACAGAUACAUUAUCAAGAUCAAAAGAGCCAAAGGGUUCAAUUGGACAAUAUAAAACAAGUGAUGUCAUUAUAUGCAAUCAUAGUUCAUACAUUGACAUUAUUUAUCUUCAAUACAAAUUUUCACCAUUAUUUGCAGUACCACCAAAUGAUAGCAAAGAAUUGGUUGCUGGUAAACUAAUACCAUUGACAUUGGCUGGAGCAUUAAGAAAUGCAAUUUCAUCACCAAUCCAAUUAACAAAGAAUUCAGUUCCAACCGAUGAAUUAAUCCAAAGAGUUUCAAAUAGUUGGAUCGAGGGACCAUUAUUAAUUUUCCCAGAAGGUACUACCUCAAAUGGUCAAGGCUUAUUAGAAAUUUCACCUGUAAUCUCAUCUGAUAAAACUAUAAAGAAUAUUGAUAUGUUCCACGUUGUCGGUAUUUCAUACCACUUCAGCAUUUAUUCACCAUGUUAUCCAUCAGUUGGUAGCCUCUUUUUACAUCUUUUCAAAGUCUGCUCUCAAAUUUCAAAUGGUAUUCAAAUUAGUUACCUUAGUAGAACCUGUUUAGCACCAUUACCAAAAGAAAACAACUUAAAAACUUACUUAAAUGCUGGUGGCAUUGAUACUGAAACUGUUGAAUGGUUUGAUACAAACUUUAAAUCAUUAACAACAACUCUCAAUACCCGUAGAACCAAAAUUACCGCUAAUGAUAAAUUAUCAUUUAUCUCAAAAUGGUAUGGUUACAAAACUGAUUAUUCAAAGAAAUCCAAUUAA